AUGUCAUAUUUUUUAAGAAAUUUUGAUCUCGGUGAAUCACAUACGAGCUGUUUCGUGCAUCCAAAAGUAACAUCAUGUCAGUAUGCGCAACUGUUAAAAUAUUGCGCGAGGCUUCCACAGGGUGGUCACGUUCUGCGUUUUCCAACUGUUCGUCGACGAUCUAUUUGUGCAUCCACGGAUUUCGAUACUGAAGCAGGCUGGGAAGGUGAUCGUUUUCGAGUAAUGGUUGUAGGCGGGGAAAGGCGAGGUACUGAUGGAACAGAUCAUGGAUUCCAGGAAGCUUCAUUAGAUCUGGCACCUUAUUUGGAGAUCCUUGCAACUCCCUCAACCUUUGGAGUGGUUGCUAUUGCCAGAGCUAUUAUUUUAAAAUAUGCUCCAUUUCUGAAAGUAACUCUUUCGUCAUUUGGCGAUAACAAAGUCGAUUCUCAACCUGUUGUAGAAGUGGAAUGCAAGGAUGAAUCUUUGGAAAAAAUUCCAGGCGGUGGAAAUGAAAUAGUUUUAUUGGGAUUGAAAUGCAUGUUUUCGGUGUUGUAUGAAUUGAACAAGCGUGAAUCGGAGCUUUGUGCCAAAGUUCUUACCUCUUUACUUCAUUUGCUGGAACAUACUCGAACCGAUGCUUUAGCCAAUGAAACUUAUGUUUCAGUACAAAGCAUGUUUCAUAUGCUCUAUCAAUUAGGGAUGGAAGGUGGUCCCGAAGUAUCAGCGAAAGCAGUAUCGUGUAUGAUUGCUUUAGCAAUUGCUUAUGGUGCUCCAGAAUUCAUCCUUUCAUCAGUAGUCACUCUCUUCUGUGAUAAACUCAAUAACUUAUCAGCUAAUGCAACUAUAUUAAUUGAAGUACCUGAAAAUUAUCAGAAAUUAGCAAACUUGGUGCGACGGACUCUGCUACGAAACAGUAAUGAGCCAGGAUGUACCGGUGAUUGGUGGUCGCAUUGUUUGGCGGAACAUGCCGUAUUAUCAUCCUUUGAUAUACGAAUACCAGAUAAUGCCCUUCCUGAUACUCCAGAUGAUCGUCGACUUACCGGAGCAAUUGCCUCUGAUGGAGAAUAUGUAUAUGUUCUUACAUGUUAUGGUUUAUUCAAAUAUGGCACAGGUCUGGCAGAAACUAUCGAAGGCAAAUUGUAUGCUUCCAAUAACAAUUUGAAAGCAAACAAAGGUUCUUGGUUAGCAGUAUGCGGUGGUGCUUUAUAUCUCCGUAGGCGUCACUCAUCACGUAUGUGGGUUAUUGAUAUUAUUACUCUUCAUGAAAUCGGAGAAAUUAUGUUGCAUACAAGUGUCAGUUCAGGUACCAUUUUCACCGAUGGCACAAUUUUCUAUCAAGCCACUGUGGAUGAACAAUGGACGUUAACGGUUACCCCGCUUGAUGAUUCAUUUACACCAGUUCAAGACUUUCGACAGAAUCAAAAAUUCCGCCUUGCCGAAUUAAAUUAUGUCGCUGUCGGUGAAACAUAUCCGAUACCACAUGAAUUACCUCUAAUUCUUCCCAAAUCUUUACAGGCCCAGGCAUCAGAUUUACAAAUGAAUCGAGAUAUGGCACUACUGCUUGCAAGGAAUGGAAAAGUUUAUUAUGCUGGUGAUGGUACGCGCUUAGGUUUGCAGAAUGCCGGAUGCAAUUGGAUGAAGCUAAUUUUGCCAGAAUCAAUAGUUUCAAUAGCGGUUGGCUUUGAUACGGACACAAUUGUAUUACGUUCUGGAUCCGGGCACUUAUGGAUUGCUGGUGUAGGACCUGAUGCUGUACGACAACGUAGUCCAACCGCUGGUCGUUUUCAAAAACAGGAAGCUAGCUCGGCGACUCUUAAAUUGAGGAAAUUUCAAAAUUUGAGCAGAAGGCGCUGCUUGUCAAUGGCAAUAUCAGCCGGAUGCAUAGCAUACGUGGUGGAUAAUGGGAAGGCAUAUAUUUGUGGCCGGCAUACAAUCCAGUGCCACCCUGAGACCGGAUAUAUUUACGGCUUGGAAAAUGUACAUCUGGCGUCUAUAGCUCUUGGCAAAACACAUGCUGUUGCAAUUACACGUCAUGGCCACCUCUACACUUGGGGCUUGAAUAAUCUCAAUCAAUGCGGUAGAAUCGAGUCUUACAUUCAUCCAGAAGCUGUUACUGGAAUGGGUGAAAAUGAGCUGUCUAAAAAACCAAAAACCGAAGAAACAGAACAAAGUUCGUAUUGUCUUCCGAACGAGCAUCUUUGGGUCAAAGAUUUUGCUUCUAUCUGUUUGAAAUGUGGCAGGUGUUCGGCACGUGGAAAUCGAUGUGCACCGAUAAGGACCAAACGUGAUUCGAAAGGAACGCCAUGCACAUGCGGAGAGGGUGAAACAUGUUGCUUGAGGUGUGGUUUAUGUCGUGCAUGCAGUGAACUUGCGGUUGAUGCUUUCGAUCGGGACAUGCGAGCAACACCGAUGGGAGCAGCACUUCCGCCAUCUCGUCUGAUUCUUCAGAGAGAUAGUCCCGAAAUCAAGGUUUCAUCUGUAUGCUGUGGCAAUUAUCACACUGUUGUAUUAGCAGCUGAUCGACAAGUCUUCACUUUUGGAUCAAAUUGUCAUGGACAGCUGGGUGUUGGUCAUGUAAGGAAAUGUGUUGGUCCAUACAAGGUGAAUUUACCAGGUAAAGUGCAAGUAGUUCAAAUUGCUGCUGGCUCAAAUCAUACAGUGUUAAGGACAGCUGAUGGAUCUGUUAUCACAUUCGGUGCCCAUAGACAGGGUCAGCUUGCAAGAGAAGGAAACGAAAAAAACUGGUUUGCGGUGCCAUCAUUUGUGGAAGGAUAUGGUCGUGGAAGUGGUACUGUUGCAACAUGGGUUGGUGCAUCCGGUGAUACUACUCUGAUUCAUAGUCAAAUUCGUAUCUACAGCAAGGAUAUCAUUUCAGACUGUCAGGUAGUUGCAGAUAAUGAAACGAUAGUGAUAUUUCCGAAUCAGGUCGGGAAAAAUUAUAUGGCAAUACGACGUAAAUUCAAUACCUUUUACCAAUAUUCAAUGGGUACUGAAGGUCUUUAUACUAAUUGGUGCUUGGAAUCGAAGUAUAAUUUAUUGUGGGGAUUUAAUGCCGCGGAAAUGCGUAUCAGAUCGAUCACUGAUUGUGUUCCAAUCUCUGGUAAAAAAUUCGAAUCAAAUGCAAUCUUUGACGAAACCCUGGAAGAGAUCGUCAAAGAAAUUAGAUUUCUUCGCGCGCCCGAAUUUAUGAUUCCGAUAUCGAACGAGACAAGUUUACCUAUCAAACAAGUUGCCAUGAAUCUUUUUGGAAUCGCGUAUGCUACAACGAUACUGGAAAGCAAACGCUCAUUUGCACAGAAGGACAAUCAGCUUAUUACGGAUCCGAAAGCAUCAAAUUUGUUUGGUGCCGUAAAUGGACGAAGCUUAUCAUGUGGCUAUCAACGUAUCAAUCGUUUUAAUGGGUAUGGAGGUGGUUGGGGAUAUUCAGCUCAUUCUGUGGAAGCAGUACAGUUUCGUACUUCACGUGAUAUUCGGUUUUUCGGCGUUGGCUUAUACGGCGGACGUGGCGAGUAUAUUGCUAAGUUAAAACUUUAUCGCCUUUGUCCACCGGACUACGACGAGCAGAACGUUGAGCUACUCAGUGAAUCUGAUGAAAUGCUUUACGAAUGUGCUGCACAUGAGAAAGCACAGUUAUUAUUCCCACGUUCCAUAUUAAUCAAAUCUAACUUGUGGCACGUUAUCUGUGCACAAAUUAAUGGUCCAAGUUCUGAUUGCGGCUCCAAUGGGGAAUCAAAUGUUACUGGUGAUGGUGGAGUACAAUUCUUUUUCCGCAAUUCACGUAUGUCCAACAAUGGAACCGAUAUUAAUGUUGGCCAAAUUCCGGAAUUUUUAUAUGUUUCGGAGACAUCCGAUGGACAAUUACCUAAUUUUGAUGCAAAGGAUAAAACUCUAGAUGUCUCCUAUAAUUGUAUUUCGUGCGCCAUAAGUUCACAUCAUCUGUUAACGGUUUCAACAAUUACAAUUGAAUCAUUGUUUCGUUUACUUGAUUGGUCUAUUGAGAAGGCCUUGAUGAAAAUAUUUAAUGAAGAUAAGACAUGGUUGCAAGAAUGCAAUGUGGUUGUUGUCAUCUUGUCAUUAAGAUUUUUACGAUUUUAUAUUUGUUCACUUUACUUUUCGCCUGAGGAUGGAAAACGGAUGAAUAAAAAAGAGCCGUCUGAUAGUAUUGCUGAACAAAUGGUGCGAUUUGCAUCUAUAAUUGGUUCAAUUUUUGAAAUUGCAAAUGACCAGCAUGGUGAUAAUACAGCUUGUUCAAUAUUACUGGAAGAAGCAGUUAAUUGUGCGGUACAAUGUUCACAUGUUUUAUAUCCCAGUUCAGCAAUUUUUCUGGAUCGACUUUCUUUUUUGAUAUCAACACCAAAUCGUGAAUGGUCAUUAAUUGCAUUGUUAACUAUGCUAUCUAAUCAGAAAUAUGUCUUACCAACUUUACUUGGUUCUGAACGUAACUUCAUGCAAUUUCCAAUCUUGCUUGCCAAAAUGAACGAACAGUUUGGUAAAAAAAGAAUAUCUGGAAACCAAUGUGCUCUUGUUUCUAUACAAAAUAUAUUUCGGUUUCUCUUUGAAGUGGCUUUUACAUCGACGACGUUGGUUCAGAAUGAAAGCAAAAUACGGCUUAGAACUGCUGCACAUUCACUAAUUACUGCAAUUGCACGAGAAUUGGUAACAUUUAAAGAUGCUGUUGGUGAUGGCCCACCUAUCCUGCAAACACCAAAUAGAUUUCGAAAUACUGCAGCACACGCAAGUUGGGACGUAAGUAGUGGUGCAUGCGAUGCAAUUGCAUUAAGUGUUGAUAUAACCGGUAUUACUUUACAUGGAGUUGGUGUAUACUGUGCUCAUCAUGAUCAGGAACAAGGUUUUGUAUGUGAGAUACUGUUUAAUGGAGGUGAUGCAGCUCAUGAACAAUGGAAUGUACUGGAAAAGGUUGUUGGAACAUUAGGAAAUAAAUUUGAGCCAUGUCAGCGAGAAGUUACUUUGCUACGAUUAACCAAAGCUAUUAAACUCCAACCUGGUUGCACCUAUGCUAUCAGAUUACAAAUUAAUGGUGGUAAAACAUUUUGUGGUGAAGGCGGCACUGGAACUGUUCGAUUAUGUAACGGGAGCCGGAUGCAUUUUGAAUCGUGCAGUUUAAGUCUAAAUGGAACUUCUCUGUCUCGUGGCCAAAUACCAUUCGUUCUAUAUUCCGUACAGGAUGAUGAAAGCGGUGUUAUUCAGCAGUUGGCUAAUUCUGAACAGUUGGCUAAUUGGUUCUUGCUGCUAAUUCGAAUGCUAUCAUCCAAAAUGUCGGAUCUAAUUGCAGCUGGAAAUUUCUUAUUUCAAGAGCAAUCUUUUUUCUCAAAUAUUGCAGGUUAUAUUAUGGUUUUUUUGGAAGCGAAUCCGCAACGUGCAUUGGAUGUAGUUGCAGUAUUGGAUGACCUACUGCCUAUGGUUUCAUCAGCAAACGGCGAACGACUUGCUGAGGAUCGAGAACGUGCACUUGCGAGGUCGACACAGCAGAACGGCGCUUAUUCCCGUAAUUUACAAACAAUUGUUGAGUCACCACAUCCAUAUCCAUCUUGUGGCAUCCAUUCGCAGGUUGUCGACUUUGGAAAAGAAGUCCAGUUCAUGACGGUGCAGUUUAGUGAAGAAUGCUGUACUGGUCAAGCAGAUGAUAUUUUAUGGAUUUAUGCCAAAGUUGGUACCGAAUGUUAUAUACCUAUUGGAAGAUACUGCGGUGAUCGUAACUGGCCUGAUCGCAUACUUUUGAUUCCGGGUUGCAAUUUAUGGUUCAUACUAGAAUCGGCAUCUUACUCAACAGACAAGGCCGUUGAACAGAUCUACGGUUAUCGAUGUACAGUUACAGGAUAUCGGUAUUCGGAAAAAGAUUCUGGCAUGAUUCUGGAAGAAGAGUUGACUUGGAUUUGUGCAAGUGCCUGCCGAUUACUUGUGCAGAUUCCAUCGGUCAAAACAGUGGUAGCAGCAGUAACGAUGAUCGAGGAUGAAAUUGACGAUAUUGUCCGUAAACACGGUACGCUGCUUCGGAAGGGAUUAAAUCUAUCCCAUGUCCCAACAGUCAAUGAAGUUCUGAAACGUAGUUUACCAAGUCCUUCGCAAACUUCAGAUCUAAAAUUCUUAAAAGAAUUUAUUGCUGCUUCUACAAGUACUCUCGCUGGUUUCUUGGCACGUUGGAUGAUGAAUGAACCAGUAGUGGAUCUUCAUUCCAGUCAGUUGCAAAUGUCUGAUGAAGAGACACGGCUUAGAAUUCCCACCCAGAUAAAACUCAUCCCUCGAGACCAGUACGGUCGCCUUGCAAUAUGCCCAAACAUGAAGGUCGAAAUCACGGUUCGUAUUGGUAUGGCAGCAGAAAAUAGUAAUUCAAAUCCUUGUCCAGCUGUCACUCGUAAUCCGUCAGUCAUAAGUCUUCCUCCGCCACAAUCCAUCAAGGAGCCAUAUCGCCCAGUUUACGUUAACAAAACACGAUAUGUUUCUAUUACGGCGAUGACUGCUUACCAGCAUUAUUGCUUCGAGGAAUUACGCCUUGGAUGUUACAAAGAUACAUUAAUGAAGGAGCAGCUUAUUGUAAACCAACAGACUGAUGGCAGUUUUUUGGCCAAUUGGAUACCCAAACAUGGAGGCACAUAUCGAAUCGAAUGCCGUUUGGAUGGAUUUCAAUUGGCUCAGAGCUAUUUGGUUGAGGUUCGUGAUAGCAAUAUGUUUGGUGGUUCAGUGUCACCAAAAGAAGGCAGUCAAAAUCGUUUGAGUCGAGGAGUGGCCCAUUUUAACAGGACACGUUUCGCUUUUUGUGAUCAAAAGCUAAUGACAAAAGGUGUACGAAUCCGUGCUUCACCAGCGCUGAAUUCAUCACAAAUUGGUAUCAUACCUCGUGGUAUCACUGUUUCUUAUAUUGAAGAAAUAAAAAACAUGGAUGGUGUUUGGUUACGGCUUACCGAUGAAGCAUGUUCAAUAUAUUGUGAUACGCAAUUACCUUCGCAGGGUUGGUGCUUGCAAUAUAGCAAUCAUCUAGGACGGUCAUUCUUAUUGCUACAGUCAGACUCUGCAGAAGGUCUCAUUUUUGGUUCCAGUUUACUGAGUACUACCAUUCAAUUACCGCAAAAUACAAAAGAAGCCAAUGAGCAGCAGUAUUUUGAGCAAUCAUUGCAAUUGGAUGUUGAGGAGAUAUACACAGCAUGCGGAUCAUUUCCAAUAUCGAUUUAUAAUUAUCCAUCAGUGGAUGCCGUUUCUGGUGAUGUUAUUAACAAUACAGAAACCGAUGAAAUAAGGUCAUCCGGUUGGCUUCACAAUAAGCAAGGAAUAUGGAUACGAUUAUCGGGCUUCGAUCAAAAAUAUGCUUUUGUACAGGAUUUAACUGGUAAUCGAUAUUUACAAAAAGUAAGUGCCACUACGCAACGCUGCACUAAUGGCAAUGGUGAAGGUUCGCCGGCAGGGCAGAAACCAGUAGCACAAAUUUAUCCGCGAUCAAGGAACGAGCAACCUGUACAAGCGCUGAAACCUUCAAUUGUUGACUGUUGCCGAAACGUAUUCGCUGCAUUUCUGUGGCAUGAAAAAUUAGUGAAGGAUGCGAUGGUGUGUAGUACCUACCUUAAAUUUCACCCGGAAUUACAUUCCAUAACUUACGGUCAAAAUCGAAUGGAACUAAUCAUGGCCACACCAUUGCAUUCAAUUUUCAGUAUCUGGCAAGAAAUUAAUACGGCAGUGCAAGCUAGCAUUGAACAGCGCUCAGUAUUUCUGCGUCCAAUAACCGCACGACAAUUUAAUGCGAACCCUAUAAAUGCAAGUAUUGGUACUUCUCGGCAGGAGUCAUCGUCAAAUCAACGAAAGGAUUUAUGUGAGCUUUGUGAAGAGUGGCACAUUGCACCAGUGACCACCCAUAUGCGUACAGCACAUCCCGGAUGUGGCAAAUAUUCCGGUGGUCAAGGUUAUAACAGUUCUGGCAAAUAUACAAGUGGCUGGUCAGGAAACUGUGGUGACGGUGGACGACCAAGUGCUGUUUGGUAUUUGAUGUGUGCCACAUGCCGAUCAAAAUAUUUGAUACAGACUCCAUCCGGAUAUCAGCAGGAGCGAAACCGUCGAUGGGAUGAAUUUUGCGCCUCCUCAGCUGCCGCAGAAAUGUCUCCAGAAGCAAUAAUCAAACAAAACGCAAUGUUUUUGUUGGAGCUGAAUGCGUGUAUGGAAGGUGAUAGCAAGGAUACGUCAACAGCAACAUCAGGAUGGACUAUAAAUCUUUUCCCACAAGCAUCCAUCGUAACACCAACAACAACUUCUGCACAUGUACAAGCGGGUGUCGGAGUAGUGUCUCAACCGCAAUUAUCAAAUGAACGUGAAAAUUUUUAUCAUGUACGAAAAUUGUCAUUUGCUAGUGAUCCAGGACCGAAACGUGUUGGCAUUGGAACUCAUCUCGCUCUUUCAAAUUGCAAUCCGUUGUAUUCGGAAAGACGGCUUGGUUCAUCGCCGCUAACAAAUGCUUUCAACCGAAGUGAAUUGGUUAAUUCAAUACGUCGCAAGAUGUUAGAGGGAUACGAAAAACGGCAGUCAGCUGAAAUUGUUCGUAGUCCAUCUGUAGCAUUGAAGUCACUACUGGUACUGGUUGAACAGAACAACAUUUCGGGCGGCCGUAAUUUUUCAACAAAUUUAAACUUAUCGCUUCGUCGACCAGUACUUGCUUUUGUCAUGGAACGACAUAAUUUGGCUCGUAUACGAGAGGCAAUGGCAACUGCUGUAGCUCGCGCUACAUUCUUCGCACACUCAUUUCGUGUUUGGAACUGGCUUCUGAAAUUGGUUUCAACCGAAUCCAGUGUUGCGGAUAUUCUUUGGCAAUAUUUGACAGCAAUGAACUCCUACGUACCCUUAUGUCGAUGGUGUAAAAAUAAUUUACGUUUAGCAACAAAUUUACGUCUUUUACCACAUCCAUGGCGUGUUUGCUAUUUGGCUGGCCCAAUUGCCAAUAAAAUGGUUCAUCAGCUGCAUUCUUUUUUGCAUACUGUUGCGGUUAUUAUACAAUCAAGUGGUGUAGAAACAAACCUACGUUGUUUAUGUUUCCGGGUUUGGACCUUCCAGUUAACCGUUCAUGAACAGGAUUUGCUUUCUCUAAUGUGCGACGUGUUAGCAAGUGUUGGUAACAUUCUCGCAGAUUCAUCCUCAGAUCAUUCGUGGAGUCUGGACGAUAGUGAACGAAAAAUAGACCAUCGUUCAUCUCAUGAAGAAAAACCGCUGUUUCCUAGAAAGCCGCAAGUAGAUGUGAAACAAAUGGAAGAUAUUACUGGUAUUUUGCGUUAUGAAGCAUCAAGCCAUCAAGCAAUGAUUGGAUGUUUAACUGAUGGGAACAGCGAAACCUUUUGGGAAACCAGUGAAGAGGAUAAAAAUCGACCACGCUAUAUAACAGUACAUUGCGAUAUUCGAAGCUAUAAGGCAACAUUGCUCACUGUAUAUGUGGACAAUAUUCGUGAUGAGGGCUAUCGAACAUGUUCCGUUACAGUUGUUAGUGCGGAAAGCGAUGGGCGACGUCGAAAAAUUCAUUCUGAAUGUCUUGAUCAUCAAUUUAUUGGCUGGAUCAAAUGCUGUGUUGUUGGAUUAAAUUGUAUACAAGUGAUAUUUCGUGGUAACGAUCCCUCCUUACGUAUACGUCAGCUUCGAGUUUUUGGUACUAGCACUGUAUUGGAUGUCUUUAAUGCUCAGUCAUUUGCCAAUCGAAGCCAAUUGAAACCUUCACCGUCACAUCAGCUGUUGUUCAAUGCUAACCAGGAUGAUGCAUUUGCAGUUUUCCAAGCUAUUGCUGCUCAGGCAUUCAGUGAUGAAUUUUCACAAGAAGAGAAUGGCACGUUACGACAGCAAGUGCUUGAUCUGUUAUUUAGUCGUAUACAAUUACAACCGCUUCAAGCAUUUGUUUGUUCCCAUAUGAUCAGUGCUUUGGAAAGGGAAGUUUCUUCAUUGCGUGAGAAAGCGAAGCGCAAUUACUCGUAUGUUUGCGGUUUGAUGGAAAUGCUAUUGAAGAUUUGUGGUUCACGUCAAGGUCUGGAAGUGUUUGGUGUUAAAAACAACAUUCUCAUUAUCCUUUCCGAGCUUUUGCUCUUUGCUCCUCAGGCAGUGCAAUAUCAAGUAUUAGAGACAGUUGAGUGUCUUUCUAAGUUAUUCACACCUUCCGCGGUGGACUGUUCGAAUUUCACGCGGAAUUUACUAAUCCUGAUAACAAAAGUGAUAACAUUGCAGAUACGUGAUAAGAUGACACGAUCACUAACUUCAGCUUCUUUAGCUACUCAUAUGAGAGAUGCACCGAUGUAUUGGCGAAUGGAUCGACCAGUUAGUACCGAUAUUGCGCAUCUCGCAAAACAGCUGUUGAAAAAUUUGAGUGAAGGAUUGCUGAAUGAAUAUUGGACAAUUCCUGUACGCACAGAAAUUGCAAAUGGGAUCAUGAAUUUAGCGUCCUUGAAUAUCACUCAUUCAUACGAUAGCGAUCAUUUGGCAAGAAUAGCAACGGAAGAAAGUGCAACAGGAGGACCAAAUAGCGUAGAUGUUUCCGAAGUCAUGAAUACCAAUAAUUCUCGACCAAAUAUGCUGAAGAGUGAAAAAUUCUGGCUUGGUGUAGCUUCAUUAUCUUUAUUGAAAGAAGGCCAAUGGCUAGAGUUGUCAUCGGCAUGGCAAAGUUUACAGAAUAACAAACAGAAUGUGUUGGGAACGUUAUGCGAUAAUCAUGACGAUGGACGCACUUUAGCCAACAUAUUUUGUGAAACUUGUCAAUGCUCCUUGUGUCGAGAAUGCUUCUCUGUGCUUCAUUUAAACAAACGGAACCGCAGUCAUGCUGUACAAUGUCUUGGUGUAACAAAUGAUUAUCCACAAGUUGACGUGCAUGAAGGUUCUACUCGAUUACGCUUACCACGUGUUUUGAUACUAUUUAAUCCAUCUACUCUGAAUGGAAUGGUCGAAUUUAAUCAAAGCGCUAUCCGAGAAAAUACACCUUCAAUGUCUUAUAAUCGAAUUUCUGAUGUUUCAAAUCUUGCUCAAACAGACGAUAGCUAUGUUUGUCGUUUCUGUACUGCUCCAUUACGCCCAGAUCAGCUGAUCGAUGGUUUAUGCGAUCACGAAGAAUGUCGUCAUUUUGCAACGUUUGCUUGUCAACGGCAACUCCCAUGUGGUCAUAUUUGUGGUGGUAUAUGUGACGAAGAAGUAUGCUUACCGUGUAUGCAAUGCAGGAAGCCAGAUAUAAAGCAAGAUGCAGAUGAUCUAUGCGCAAUAUGUUUUACGGAUCGUUUGGGUGGUGCACCAUGUAUUCAGUUGGCCUGUAACCAUGUUUUCCACUACCGUUGUGCGCGGACUGUGCUCGAAAAACGUUGGAACGGACCAAGGAUUGUUUUCCGCUUUAUGCAAUGCCCAUUGUGCAAGAAACAAAUUGAUCAUCCAUCACUAGCAGAUUUAUUGCAUCCAUUGCAACUUUUGUAUAACGAAGUACUGACUAAGGCACGUUUAAGACUUGAAUAUGAUGGCCUUUUGAAGUCUCGUGCAACUACCUCUGAGAGCAGUGAACUUCAAAGCAAUCCGGAUGAAUAUGCAAUGGAACGGUACAUGUAUGUGCUGUGCUUUAAAUGUGGGAAGGCUUAUUUUGGAGGUGAAAGUCGUUGCCAGCAGGAACUGGACAAUUCGCAAUAUAAUCCUGAGGAAUUGAUUUGUGGUGGUUGUUCGGAUGUUGUAGGUGCUCAAAUCUGUGGACGUCAUGGAGUAGAUUUCCUUGAAUUUAAAUGCCGUUUUUGUUGUUCAGUUGCUGUUUAUUUCUGCUUUGGUACCACACACUUUUGUACGGGAUGUCAUGAUGAUUUCCAACGAUUGAUGUGCUUACCGAAGAAACUUCUUUCUAAAUGUCCAGUUGGACCAAAAGGGGUACAAUUAGAGGGAAAUAAAUGUCCGUUAAGGGUAAAACAUCCGCCAACAGGUGAAGAAUUUCCACUUGGUUGUGGCGUAUGUCGGAAUAUCAGUACAUUUUAA